AUGAAAAAGGUUCAAAUCUACAAAUAUUUUGAAGCUCUAUUAAAAUUAUUGCUUCAAUUAUUUGGGUAUUUCCCGAUCUCUUCAUUUGAAACUGAUACCUACAAAAAGCUUGUGGAAAUAUUCUUAAAAGUUUGGUCAUCUGCCAUUAUUAGCGGGAUAUUGUUUUAUAUUUCAUAUGCUGUAUGCAAUGAAAAGGAUAUAUUCAGCAAUUUUAUAAUCGGAAAAGCAAAUGAUAUUUUAAAAUUUGUUACUGUCUAUGCUGCAUUCUCAAUUAAUGUCAUUGAAACUAAUCUUAGAUGGAGAAGUCUACGCAAACUUGAAAUGUUAUGCAAAGGCUUUGAAAGAAUUGUAAAUUUUAAUAAAUUUCAGUUUCAAAUGAGAAAAACUUACAUCUUUAAAUUCAUUACAAUGGCAGUUCUUGUCUGUAUUGUGGAAGUUCAAAUUGUGUCGACAGUGACUACAAAUAAGUGGAAAUGCUACUGGUUAUUGAUUGUCAUACCUAUUGUUGCUUGUAGGCUAAGAACAAUGCAGUACAUUUAUUACCUGAACUUGAUCCGAUUCUACACAAAAAUGAUCAAUCAGGAAAUGAAAAUGAUUGCUUUAUAUUCAUCCAAAUGUUUUACAAAAGCUGAAACUGAUUUCAUAUCCAAGAGACUGCAAAUUUUAAAGCACUUUUAUCAGCAACUCUACAAAAUUACAGAAGCGACCAACAAGUUCUUCUGCUUCUCAAUCAAUUUCAAUUUUAUUCAUGAAUUCAUUGAAAGUGGAACUGAAUAUUAUUACAUUUAUUUAUCAUUGACUGACAGUAUAGAUGUCAAUUUAUGCACAGCCUAUAUAUCAGCAUUUGGUCCAACAGUUUUCAUGUUUUUACCAUUAUAUGAAGCUGAGUUGAUAGAAUGUGAGGCAUCAAAAAUUGGAGACUUGCUGCAUUCAAUUAAGAAGAAUGAGGUUGAUACAGAGCUUUAUCAAAUUGUAAGAAUAAUUUGGGAUGUGUCUAUAUGUCAGGCUGCUGUUGAUAAAUACAAAGAAUUAACAAAUUCGUUCAUUUACUUCCAGAUUCAUUACUUCUCACUUCAAAUUCAUCAAGAAAAGAUUGAACUUCAUUCAAGUAGUAUUGCCAACAUUAACCUCAAACUCUUUGUUUCAAUCGUAGGUGGAUUGAUGACUUAUUUGAUUCUUUUCAUACAAUUUUCAACAUUGGCAGAAGAACAGAAGGAUAAAUCUAAUGUAAGGAAGUUUACAAUAACUGCUUCAAGCUUAAACUUGAACUUUAUUGUUUAGAAUGGAAGAUCACAAUCUAGAUACUACUGAUGGUAUCUCUUUAAUGGAUGUAAUCAACAUAAUUGUCUGCUCUAAUAAAUUAUCUUUGUGCAUAUUUGUCAAAUGAC